AUGCGCAAGAACUCUCGAUGGGCUCUGCCGACACAUUCUUUCAGCACGCGACAAUCAGCACUUGCUAGCAGUAUGGGUCUCCGGAGAGUGCAAUACAGCUCAGAGGGCAAUACCUCGCAUCGUGGAAACACCGAGCAGGACUUGAUGAGCGGGUUCCAAGACCUGAAGCGACUUGUGAAGGAUACCGAAGAUGUACAGUCAUUACCGCUUCCAACUAUCCUUGGACCGUUCUUUGCCAUCAUUCGAAGCCCACUCUCUACGGGGCCUAUUACAUCUGCUGCACUGACUGCGCUGCACAGCUUCUUCGUCUGCAGCCUCAUUAGUUCUUCCUCGAUUGCUCUUAGGAAUACACUCGCUGAACUCAGCAGCGCGAUCUCCAGGUGUAAAUUCGAGACCAGCGACUCAUCUGGUGAUGAAGUCGUUCUUCUCAAGAUCAUGGCUGUUAUCCAGGACGCUAUUUGUGGACCCGUCGGCCCAACACUGGGGGACAUUGAAGCGCGGCUAAGCGAGAUAUUGCGACGUUCUGCGGAGGCGACAAUGCAUUCUCUAGUGUGGACAGUGUGCUCACGCCUGCAUGUUCUGGACCCUGCUACCGAAGAGGGGCAGCUGUCUGACAACGGCUACGAUGCUGACGAACAAGAGGGAAGAAUGAGUCUUCCUACUACUAUGCUUCCUACGGAAAGCGUAUCAUCUAGCGUAGAACAUGAUUCAGAUACCAAGAGUGAACAAGCGGUGGAGGAUCAGCAAGGUCCUGUAACGCCACCGUCUCGCCAGAUUAGACAUCAAUACGGACUGGCUUCCAUCAUUGAACUCUUGAGGGUCAUUAUCCAUGUCUUGGAUCCGAACGACCAACUGCAUACCGACUCAAUACGUCUUACAGCUCUUCGCAUUCUUAACGUGAUAUUUGAAGCGUCGGGUUCUCGAAUAUGCGAAUUCCCCUCCUUAUGUGCCCUCGUCGUCGACCAAGGUUGCAAGUUCCUCUUCCAACUAGCGCGUUCGGACAACUCGGCUGUGCUACAAACUACAUUGCGCACCACAUCCACCAUGUUCGAAACCAUGCGAAGAAAGCUCAAACUACAGCAGGAACUUUUCCUAGCAUUCACCAUUGACCGACUUGCCCCUCCGCCCUCCGCCAAGUCACACGCGGGCCUACCGAAUAACAAGUCAUCUAGUGCUUCUCCGAGGCCAGCUACACCAAUCCCGCCUGGCUUGGAUGGGGAUUCAGAUAAGGCACCCCCAACCCCUCGGAUUCUCGUUGCGCCGGCUCGUGGGGAUACUCGCGAAUUGAUCCUGGAGACACUAAGUCAGAUCUCGCGGCAUCCUAGUUUUAUGGUCGAUCUAUUCGUCAAUUACGAUUGCGACAUGAAUUGCGAGAAUAUGUUUGAGCGCCUCAUUGAGUUCGCUACUAAGGGGAUUUAUCCCUCGCAAGCAAUUGGGGGGCAGCAGGUACAACAACAGAACGCACAAGAUCUAUGUCUAGAUAUUAUACUGUCAUUUGUGAACCACAUGGCUUCUCGUGCGGAAGGUCAUAGCGACCAAUGGCCAGCAGAUCUCAUAUCUAUAGACGACCUUCAGCUGACCAAGUCUCGCAAGAAGCUUGUGUUGACGGGUAUGGCCCGUUUUAAUACAAAGCCCAAGACUGGCUUGUCGUUUCUGGAAGAGAACAGACUCAUCUAUCUCGAUCCAAAUGAGCCUCGCCCGCUGAGUCUUGCCAAGUUUUUGAAGAAUUCUGCGCGAGUCGACAAACGGUUACUGGGAGACUUUCUCUCCAAGCCAGAUAAUAUUGAUGUGCUGAAGGCCUUCAUGGGUUUGUUUGAUUUCAAAGACAAAUCGGUUGCAGAUGCUAUGCGUGAGCUCCUCGAGACAUUCCGGCUGCCCGGAGAAUCGCAGCAAAUCAAUCGGAUUACUGAAACAUUUGCGGAGGUGUAUAUUUCUACUCAACCUGCUGAGGUCAAGUCACAGGAUGCUGUUUACGUCCUUGCGUAUUCGAUUAUCAUGCUUAACACGGACCUCCAUAGCCCUCAAAUUCGGAAAAGAAUGUCUAUCGAUGAUUACAAGCGCAAUUUGAAAGGCGUGAAUGAUGGUACCGACUUCUCGCCCGAGUAUUUGCAAGCUAUUUACGACUCGAUUCGUAAAAGGGAGAUUAUUAUGCCUGAGGAGCAUACUGGUCAAGCCGGAUUUGAAUAUGCAUGGAAGGAGUUGUUGACCCGUGCCCGACAAACAGGUGAUCUAAUAAUGUGCAAUUCGUCUCAGUUCGAUAUUGACAUGUUCAAGACCGUCUGGAAGCCCGUUGUUUCGGCUAUCGCGUAUGCUUUCAUCACAUUUGAAGACGACUAUAUUAUCGAGCGAGCCAUUACGGGUUUCCGCCAAUGCGCUACUUUGGCGCGACACUUUGAUUUGCCCGACGUCUUCGACUAUGUUGUCGUGCAAUUAUCCCAAGCCACUGGCUUAAUCUCGGAGAUGUCGACAUCACAAAUUCCAAAUUAUCCCGUACUUGAUAUCGACGGUCAAUCUGUCACGGUCUCGUCACUGUCAGUGAAGUUCGGGACUAACCUCAAAGGCCAAUUGGCUGCCGUUGUCCUAUUCAAUAUUGUUAAUGGGAACGGCAAUGCUUUACGGGAAGGAUGGACUCAGAUUUUCGAGAUGUUUCAAACGUUGUUCGUGCAUUCCCUUCUCCCUACGCGUAUGUUGCAGAUGGAAGACUUCCUGGGUGGCGUUUCAAUCAUUCCUUUGCGGAGAAGCCAGCCAGCUCGACCUGCUCCAAGAUCAGACGGUCUUCUGUCGGCAUUGUCAUCAUAUCUCAUGACACCAUACGGCUCCAGUACCGAGACGUUGGUCCCGGAAGCCACGGAUGCUGACAUGGAAAAGACGCUCUCCACUAUCGACUGCAUAACCUCCUGCCGACUGGACGAACUAUACAGCCAAAUUAUGCAAUUGGACUUGAAUGCUUUGGUUGCCGCCGUCCGUGCUCUCGAGGCGCUCGCUCACGAGCGAACGGUAGCACGUCUCAAGCAGGAAUCAGAUGAUGUCCCUUCAGGGUACAAUACGCCACAGGAAGGCCCGUAUGCAUUGCCGUACGACCCUGCUUCGGUGUUUUUGUUGGAGACAAUGGUUAGCAUCGCAUGUCAAACGCCCCAAUACAUCGAAGACCUCUGGCCCAUCAUAUUCGAACAUCUAUCUGCGCUGCUGUCGACACCGGUGCAGUAUAGCAUUCUCCUGAUUGAAAGAGCAGUUGUUGGCUUACUCCGGGUUUGCAACAUCAUUACGAGUAUCCCGUCUUUAAGAGAUCAGCUCUUUGUCUCGUUCGACCUUUUGGCAGGUUUGCCUGUUCCGGUUUCAAGCGCUGUAGCGGAGCAAGUCGUCGGCGGCCUGUCUAUGCUGGCGCGAAACUGCAAGGACCUUGCCAAUUCACCAACAGAAUGGAAUCUUGUCUUCGCUUUGAUCCGCUCUACAAUUCCUCAUCCAGAGGCUUCUCGCCAAUCAUUUGAAUUGGUCGCCGCGCUCGCCGGAGAUGGCCCCGAGCAGCGAGUCUCACCGGACAACUUCCCCGGUCUUAUCGCAGCGUUGGAUGAGUUUGCUACUGCGGCUGGCGUGGCUGUAGAAAGCCAGCAACAGGGACGCCGCAACCAGACGUUGAAUGCUUCAAAUUCGCCAGUGGUGGAUCGUGGUAGGAAGGCCAUCGAUAUGUUGGCAGACCUAAAGAAAUUCUGGGCACGUUUUGCUGAUGCUUCAGUACCUGCGGAUCAGACUUGGCAACAGUUUUGCCUACCACUUGUGUUAUGUCUUGGUCGACAAUGCAUCAAUGUGUCAAGGGAAGUCAGACACGCUGCACUGGUGCACCUCCAACGGAUCCUUUUAGGGCCGCAUCUGCCCCUUGAUAUUCAAGAUCACGCCCAAACCGAAGAAUUAUUCAGCCGUGUGCUGUUCCCCCUCGUGGAUGACCUCUUGAAACCACACGUCCUGAUGCGCGAUCCGAUGAGCUUACCGGAAACUCGUCUGCGCGUGUCUGCGUUGCUAUGUAAGACCUUCAUGCAUCUUGAGGCACGGGAAGGACAGAGUACCGACAUCCGCGAUCUAUGGAUUCAAGUCUUGGAUCUACUGGAUCGUCUCAUGCAUGUCGACCGCAGAGACCCUCUGCGCGAAGCUAUACCCGAAUCGCUCAAGAACGUUGUACUAGUCAUGAGUGCGACCGGGUUACUUGUUCCGCCUUCACAGCCGGAUAAACGCGAAGAUCGACAAAAGCAACUGUGGACUGCUACUGAGGAGAGGAUUGGCAAAUUCCUUCCAGGAUUUCUUGCAGAGGUUCUUCCUUCACCCGCUCCCUCGCCGGUACGGGCCUCAAAGGAACUCCCUCCGCCGUUGUCCGUACCGUCCACCCCGAUCCCGUCAUAG